CGACGAUCGUUAAAUACCAAAAAUUCACAGAAGAAAUUUUCACCAUAAAAAUACAUUUCUCUAUAGACAAGUGUCAUUUUUUCUUCAAAUUUUGGUCUCUACGCACUCCUCGGAACAUUUUCAUAUGAGUUUUGCUAUAGGAAAAAAAUUUUCAAAUAAAUUCCUUAAAAAUUUGGAAAAAAACUAUCGUUCUAUUUCUAACGACGAGGAUAUAUAUCUCACCUACUCGUCUUCCAACAAAAACAAAUUCAAUAUGACUUCUAGUCAACCUGCAGCGCCUUCUCAAACUGCUAACAACACUUCAACAGACACAACUAUGGAAGAAGCAACGACUUCUUCUCCUACUCAUGCUCUUUCGCACAUCGAAAUUGAACUUACAUCACGUGACUCACAUGAACAAGAUGUUCACACACAAACACCAAUCACUGACAAAUUGACUAAUAUGGAUGUAGAUCCCAUAGAUUCUAACUCGGAUAAAGGAAAAUCACCGGAAACACAAUCAGCCACACAAACAAACACCCCUAAUCCGUUACAUAUUACGGUGCUAACAGAUAUAUUUACACAUACACCACAAGUUUCAAACAAA